AUGGCCGUAUUUGGAAUACUUACUAUAUUAAAUGUUGGAAAAAUGCGUCGACAAAUAGUUCCUAAUCAAGGUGUGGCUACUAUCAAAAUGCGGAAAAAAGAUGUUCAGUUAAUGAUAAUGUUACUUUGUCAAGUUGGUCUUAUCCUUAUAUUUACAAGUCCAUUCGGCAUUCAGAAAUUAUAUGACACAUUUACAUUGAAUAAUGUUAAAACUAGUUUAAAAAUUGCUGAAGAUAACUUUGCAACACAACUUAUACGGUUAAUAUCUUACUUUGAACAUGUAUUUGGUGAGUAA